AUGUACACGAUUCGGCUGCUACUUCUCGUUCUAUCCCUCGUCUCGGCGACCUUCGCGCAGAUCGAUCGUCUCUAUGAUAACCCGAAUUGCACAUUACCAUGCCUUCUAGAAGGCCUCGUCAAUUCAGAUUGCAGCACCACCGAUCAGGCUUGUCUGUGUCAGGACACCGACUUUCUCCGUUAUGUCGAGAGUUGCGCCGCCGCAAGCUGCUCCGUCAAGGAAGCCCUGGUAACGCAAAAGAUUACCCAGGACGCAUGCGACUUCUCACUACACGACGAAUUCGGCGCAACGGUAGUGCCCCGUGUCAUUUUGUUCGCUCUGCUUCCUACGCUGGCCGUCAUACUGCGCGUGUCGGUUAAGAUCGCCCGAUUUGCUACGUGGGGGGCGGACGACACCACUAUCGUGUUGGCAUAUUGCGUACUAAUCGGACUAUUCUCAGCCAACAUGCUGUGGGGGAAGUUUGGAGCUGGAAGAGAUCUCUGGAGUCUCACUCCGCAUGAGAUUACGCACUUUUUCUUGACCUUUUACGUCCUGCAGGUUUUCUACCACUGCAUCAUCACGCUAGCGAAAGCCUCGAUUCUCUUCAUGUACCUCAGAAUUUUCCCCGACGAAAAUUUCCGGCGGGUCGUUUGGGGUACGCAUGCCUUCAACUUUUCUGUCGGCUUCAUCUGCAUGCUCAUCACCAUGUUUCAAUGCCAUCCCAUCAAUCUGGCCUGGACCUUCUGGACGGGAGAGACAGAGGGGCAUUGCAUCAGCAUAGAGCAAAUCGGGAUGGCACAAGGGAGUAUCAGCGUUGCGCUGGACCUGUGGAUGCUCAGCCUGCCGGCCACGCAAAUAUGGGGGUUGAACAUGAAGCGGCGCAAGAAGAUUGCCGUGAUGUUCAUGUUCAGCUUGGGACUUUUCCUCACAGUAGUAAGCAUUAUUCGGAUAUUGACGAUCAAGGAGUUGACCAAGUAUCCCCUCAAUUCAACUGCCUUCAUCAUGCCAGCCGCCAUGUGGACCGACAUUGAGGUCUACGUCGCGGUGUUUGUGGCGUGCAUACCUAACACGCGCCAGUUCAUCUGGGGAGUGAUCCUGCGACGGCACAAUAACGGCCACAAGCUGGGCUCGGAGCAGGUACGAGAGAGAAGCCGCGGCAUGAUAUUCCAAACGAAGAUGCCAAUAAGGGAGGUGUGUGAAACGAUAGACAUGGCCUCAUGA